UGAAGAUCUGAGCGAUCUGAGCUCUCCGAGACGGUGAGGGGCUGAGGAGAAAGUGCACUCACCCUACAGUGCAGAGGAAUUCCACACAUCUCCGCCUGGUCUUCGCAGCUUAGCAGAAAGAAAACAGCACAGCCCGCUCAUGGACUCUCAGAGAUUCAUUUUUCUGCUGGUGUUAUUUCUCCAUGACCUGCAGGCACUGAACUCUGUUUCCUCUGAUUCCUGCUCACCCCAAAACAGAGCCAAGUGUAAGGAAUCUGAUGCUUGUCGUUCACACACGUGUCCUUAUGGCUCAGUCUGUGUGGCCAAUCGCAGUGAGUAUACCUGCCGCUGCAAGAAAGGGUUUGGACUGUGCCUGGAGAUUCAUAACUGUACAACUGGGCGUCCCUACUGCAAAGAUGUCGAUGAGUGCACAUUAAAGUCAAUGAAAUGUAACAAGAGGGAAAGCUGCUUAAAUACGAUCGGAAACUACUGCUGUCUGACCGGAGGAGGUCACUCCAAUUGUACAGAUUGUGAACAAUCCUGCUUUAUGAACCGGACAAGAAUUGAUAAAAAUUCCACAGAAUCUGACCAAGUGUGCAUUAGUGCGUGUGAAAUACAGACUUUCUACCUGAGCGUGUCCACAGUCAGAAGUCGACCAGCCCAGCUCAGGAAUGUAUUCCAGCUCCUGGACAAGACGGAAAGCAUGAUGAGGUCUUUGGUUGAAGCUCCAUCAAAUCAGCAUGAAGAGCAUCAGUCAAUGGAAGCAUUUGAAAUUGGAAUAAAGCGACAAACAAAUGCCUCUGAUCCAUUGACGAUAUCGGUAUUGGGACACACCGUUGAUGUGGACCCAGCCAUUCUGAAGGAAGUGACCCCUGGAAGGGUGCCUACUGCUGGUCUGAUUGUCCACAAGGACCUGUUUGCAUUUCUGAGCAACAAUAAUGAGACUGGUCCUGGAUUGAAGCUGAGCUCCAUGGUGGUAACCAUUGUGAUUGGCAACAGGAAGAACAGUUCCCUCAUCCAGCCCCUCAUCUUCACCUUUCCCCACAAUGAGGAAAACAAGGAUGAUUUUAUAAUAACCUGUGUCUACUGGGAUCCCACUUCAUCAUCAAAAAACUUCUGGUCUCCUGAGGGCUGUGAGCUGGUGGAAUACAACAACACACAUACCGUCUGCAAAGCCCAUCACCUAUCCAGCUUUGCUGUCCUAAUGGCUCUAAAGGAUCUUCCUGAGGUUUUUGAGGUGGAACUCAUCACGUACAUUGGGUUAAGCAUCUCAUUACUGUGUCUGUUUCUGGCAAUCAUUACAUUUUAUACUUGUCAAUCCCUGAAGGACACACGGUGUGCCAUCCACCGGCACCUCUGCCUCUCCUUGGUCAUGGCUGAUUUCAUCUUCCUUGUGGGAAUUUCACAAACAAGCAACAAGAUCUUGUGUGGACUUGUUGCUGUGGUGCUCCACUACCUCUUCCUGGCCGUAUUCAUCUGGAUGCUCUUGGAAGGUGUGCAGCUCUAUCUGCUGGUGCAAGUGGUCUUUCAGACCAAGACUCCCCUGGCGAGAUACAUGCACUGGGCUGGCUAUGGACUUCCAUUUAUGAUCGUGGCCAUUUCUGCAGCGGCCAACCACAAAGGAUACGGCACCCCAACAGCGUGCUGGCUCUCACCAAAGCAUUACUUCACCUGUAGCUUCUUUGUGCCCGCCAUCUUUAUCUGCAUCGUUAACUUUUACAUCCUUUUCAAAACAUUGAUGAAGUUAUCGCGCGUGAUCCCUGACCAGAUUCAUCUGAACAAGAACAGAGUGUUUACGCUGACUGCAAUUGGUCAGUUGGUGAUCCUGGGCUGUACCUGGAUAUCUGGAGGGUUCUUCAUCCAAAAUGCAACUGUUCCAAUGAUGUACAUCUUCACCAUCUUAAACAGUUUCCAGGGGAUGUUCAUCUACAUCAUGCACUGUCUGAUGCGCAAGAAGGUGAGGGACUUCUAUCAGAGUAAAUUCAAAAAAUGCUUCAGUAGGCCGUUUAUAUGGUCUCCAGUCUCCACCACCUUCUCCAGCUCAAAUCAGGUGAGGAGAAGUGUCCAAGAGACAGAAUCAACUUCAGGAGCCAUACAGUGAGCAGUGAAGGAUAUAUGUGAGGAAAACCAAUCGCCAACUGCUCCCUCACCCUCACUGUGCUCUGAUUUCCUGGCUCUAGGUUUCCUGCCUCUGGGUUUCCUGACUCGUGACUGUUCAAGUCGAACAGGGUUGUUUUGUGCUGCUGCUACAUUGCACCUUUAAAUUUCAGACACGGGCAAGUCCCAGGAAGAACUGAAAUCUGUCCCCUCAAAGUGAAUUCACUCCAAGUGCACCAGCUAGCAGAUACCACUCCCAUCAUGCCAAGUUAUUCACCUGUUAUUUGUGAGAGUUUGCUGUGUACAGGAUCUUGCCACAUAUUCAGCAUUGUAGUAUUGACCAGACUUCAGACAUAUGUCACCAGAUACAGUUCCUAAUGCUCAGGCCCACAAAAGAAAUUGCAGUGUGCAUCAUUUUGCUCUGUACAUGAUUAGGUAGAACUGGAGAAUCGUUCCGAGCUCAGAGGGGAAACUCAAGUGCAGGAGUUUGGUGUUGCUGCUGCCUUACAGUUUUACAUCUGCUGUGGCUGGAGGAGUUCAUAUGUCUGGGAUUGUGAGACUAACCAGGAGAUCCAAUUCCUCAAGAUUCCACAAAUGUACUCCCUGCUUUAGAGAGUUUUGAGAAAUUUCACUGAGUUCAGGAGUCUGGUUGGUGCUGUCACUUCUCAUAAAUACCCAGCUGGUUCAACAGUAUCCAAUGGAGAAGGAAUCUUGCAUCCAUCACCCAUCUAGUGGAUAUAUGGUCCAUGGUAUCUGGAGAAGGGAGCACACUACUGCUUCCUCAGGGUAACCACAGGCCAACUAUAGUGUACACCCCCAGAAUUAAUAAACUCAUUCAUCACA